GACCUGUAAUAAUUUUCCUGGGAUAAAUUCAAACAGUUUAUUUAUUUAUUUAUUUAUGUUUUGUCUCCUAUGAAUUGGAGAUGAUCAGUGUUUUGGGUAGAUUAUAGGUGUGAAUUCUUAUUAGAUGGUUUGGUUGUUUAGCAACAAACUAUAGGGCAAAACAGAUGGAGUUGGUUUAGGUUGUUGACAACAUGUAAUCUAUAUGUCACUUGUUGUCUCUCAAAUAUAUCCUUACAGCACAUUUUUGCCAUAUUUGACAUGAAACCAGUCAAAACACCUCAAAAUAAGACAUGGUAUCAAGAACAAGAUGCAACUAACUUCAAUUAGCGAUUUACGAUUCCCCACAUGGCAGGUUCUUGUCAUUGUUGCUAUCUUUCCGUCUAGAAUCACAACAACACACAAACUGCUGCCCCAUUAAAGCCUGCGCAUCGAUUAAGUGACGCUGUCAGCAAUACCUAUCCAAAGGUGAAAUAUGAGAGAAUGCCGCGCUCUAGUGGACAAUGAUGAGAACCACAGCAGGUCAUCAAGUUCAAAUUCUGUAGGGAUUUGAACAAUUUCUAUUUUCUAUUUCAUACCCCCAAAUUAUAAAUAAAAAAGUUACGUUGAUUUGCACUCAUAAAUUUAAAAAUAAGAGUCAAUGUUUAUAUGUAAUAUAAUGAUGAUAAUAAUGAUGAUGAUACAAUUGUCAUAAGGGGCCAAACCACAUGUCUUUACUCUCCAGUAAACAGAUUAAUUCCAGAACACAGGGCCCGUUGUUCUGAGUUAGCCUGCGUCAGAUUAGCCACCAUUAAAGUCAAGGAAACCAAUACACAAACAGUUUGUUUCUGGAUAAAAAGAUUCAGAGAAGUUUGUGAGCCACAAACAGUGGUGUGAAUUACCUCAGUAAAAAUACUUUAAAGUACUACUUAAGUAGUUUUUCAGGGUAUCUGUACUUUACUUUACUACUCAUAUUUUUGACUACUUUUACUUUUACUUCAGUACAUUACUAAAGAAAAUUAUGUACUUUUUACUCCAUACAUUUUCACGGAUACCCAAAAGUACUUGUUACAUUUUGAAUGCUUAGCAGGACAGGAAAAUUCACGCACUUAUCCUACUGCCUCUGAUCUGGCGGACUCACUAAACACACAUGCUUCGUUUGUAAAUUAUGUCUCAGUGUUGGAGUGUGCUCUUGGCUAUCCAUACAUUACAAUAACACGAAAAAAGGUGCUGUCUGGUUUGCUUAUUAUAAGGAAUUUUAAAUGAUUUAUACUUCUACUUUUAACUAUAUUUUAGCAAUAACAUUUACUUUUGAUACUUAAAUACAUUUAAAACCAAAUACUUUUAGACUUUUACUCAAGUAGUAUUUUACUGGGUGACUUUCUCUUUUACUUGAGUCAUUUUCUAUUAAGGUAUCUUUACUUUUACUCGAGUAUGAAAAUUGUGUACUUUUUCCACCACUUGCCACAACCAAAUUCCGAUUCCAUCAAGCCUUGUCAUCAUCCAUCUAUUUAUACCUGUGGGCUGACUUUGAUAGAUAAUGAAUCUUACUCGGGGUAUAGUGGGUUCCUUCCCACCCAAACAUUGUAUUUGAAAAAAAGUGCCCUCUACAGCCACUGGGCAACAAGCAGUGAAGUGUGGGUAAGUUAUGAGAUCUUUCACUAAUCAAGAGGUCAUGGGUAUUCUCCCUAUUUGUUCGAUCUAGGCACACUUUUAGAUAGGGUUAACUCAUAUUAUGUCAUAGCCACAUAUGUGUUUAUUAGUCACCUAGGGGCCUAGUAUGAAAACCAAGAGCAUGCUGGUUAUGCAGUUGUUCUGCUGUGGUGGGUAAAUUCCCAUUGAGGGUUAGUUCAACCUCUACAGGACAUUUACAUUUAAGUCAUUUAGCAGACGCUCUUAUCCAGAGCGACAGUAGUAUCUGAGGUACUAGCUGUAGAAAGCGGAAUGAGACUCUUCUCUGUUUCCUGUCCAAACAUAAAAACAGAUGUUUUGAACUGAUUUUUGAUUAACAAAUUUCAGUAAAGGUUUCAUUUCUCAAAAAAAAAGAAGCAGCCGUAUCAAGCCAAUAUUUUAUUGGCAGAAUCCAGUAACUCUGACUUACUUACAAUGUCUUCUUUAAACGUUUUUAAACUAUGGUAAGCCAGAGGACACACUUGUAAGAUGGUAGUCAGCCAAUAAAAUCUCUCGUUUCAGUGUUCCCUCCCACUGUUUGAUGGCUACAUGUAAAGUGUCAUCAUAUAUAAGGUGUCCCACUGUCAGACCCACACACUAUGCAGUGCAGAAGUGACUGAUGUAAAAAUGAUGGUCAGACACUUAUUUUUGUUUUACAUCAAUUUGGUUUGUGCUUUUACCAAACUAAACGUAAUCCAACCAACCCCUGUGAUGGUUACUGAGCUGGGAGACACUGUGACUCUCACUUGCUUUCGUCCAAAUGUGUCAGUGACCAGUUUUGAUUGGUUCAAGCAGAGUGUUGGACAGAAACCCCUUCACAUGGCGUCAUCACCAUAUAUUGGCCAAGAUAGUUUUUAUUCCAACAAUUUUAUCAAGGACUUUACUGAGACCAAGCGUUUGGGUGUGAGGAGAGGACUCUACACCUGUAACCUGACCAUUUCCAAGACAGAGCCAGGGGACUCAGCUACAUACUAUUGUUCCACUAGAGUCAUCUAUGAGCUCACUAUUGGAGAGGGAACUGUUUUAAUUGUCAAAGACUCAGAGUCCAACAGCAUGUCUGUGCUCCAGCAGCCUGUGUCUGAGUCAGUCCAACCAGGAGACUCUGUGACUCUGAACUGUACAAUACACACUGAGACCUGUGCAGGAGAACACAGUGUCUAUUGGUUCAGACAUGGCUCAGGAGAAUCCCUUCCAGGAAUCAUUUACACCCAUGGAAACAGGAGUGAUCAGUGUGUGAAGAGCACUGAGGCUGGGUCUCCUACACAGAGAUGUGUCUACAACCUCCCCAAGAGGAACCUCAGCCUCUCUGAUGAUGGGACUUACUACUGUGCUGUGGCUUCAUGUGGGGAGAUACUGUUUGGAGACGGGACCAAGCUGGACCUUCAAGUUCCUGAGCAUCAUCCUCCAUUUCAUCUGACUCCUACUGUUCUGUCAUUGGUCGUCUCCAACAUCGUUCUGGGGAUAGUGACCCUUCUACUGGUCUGGGCGCUGUGCAAGACUCAGAACAGAGACAGCAGAGGGAGGACUGAUGUCCCAACGUCCCAGGGCAAUCAGAAUCAAGACAGUGACGUGUUGAACUAUGCAGCUGUCGGUUUCACCCCCAAGAAGAAGUCCUCCUCUAGAACAGUGAGAGAGAAGACCAGCAGAGAGGAUGCAGUGUACUCUGAUGUCAGAUACCUUCAGCAGCAGUGAAAUAUAUCACCACUGUGACAAAGACUACAAGAAGAACCAUUUUACUAUUUGUAGCAUAAUAAAACUGCUUUUAAUAACAAAAAUGAGUUACAAUGUAACAAAGAAAAUGUAAUUCUAACAUUGUCUAGAUUUAUGCAAUCCUGUAAUGCCUUAAAUAGACAUAUCUUUUGACAGUUUGUAAGAAAUAAUCUGAUGGAGAAUCCCAUUUUUGCUCUAUGACUGUGUGUUUUUAACAUAAUAAACCAUUAAUGAACUCCGUUCAUCUCUAUUCU